UGUCUCGCUGGCAGCGCAGUGACUGUCCCAGAAACACUGCUGUUUGUGUCCACCCUUGAUGGGAACCUUCACGCUGUGAGUAAGAAGACAGGCGACAUCAAGUGGACCCUGAAGGAUGAUCCUAUUCUUCAGGUGCCUGUUUAUGUGGCAGAACCGGCAUUUCUCCCAGACCCCAAUGAUGGCAGCCUGUACAUCCUGGGAGGCAAAAACAAAGAAGGCCUGAUGAAACUCCCAUUCACCAUCCCAGAGCUGGUCCAGUCCUCACCAUGUCGCAGUUCGGAUGGCGUCCUCUACACGGGGAAGAAAGAGGACACAUGGUUCGUCGUGGACCCCAAGUCGGGAGAGAAGCAGACGAUGCUGUCGACAGAGGCCUGGGAUGGCCUGUGUCCCUCGACUCCUCUCCUCUACAUUGGCCGCACCCAAUAUGUCAUCACCAUGUACGACACCAAGUCCCGGGAGCUGCGGUGGAAUGCCACCUACCACGACUACUCAGCAGAGCUCUACGACGAGGCCUACGAUUACAAGAUGGCUCACUUUGCGUCGAGUGGGGACGGCCUGGUAGUGACUGUGGACAAGGAGAGCGGUGAUGUCCUGUGGAUGCAGAACUACGGCUCCCCUGUGGUGGGGCUGUACAUGUGGCACCAAGACAGUCUGCGCCGGGUCCCCCACCUCAACGUGGCCAUGGAGACAUUGCGCUACCUGACCUUCCACUCACAGGACAUCCGCCUCAUCAAGUGGAACUACCAGUCCAUGAAGGACUUCUCCACCACCAAGACCCAGCUGCUGCCGACGCUCUACGUAGGGAAGCAUGCAGCCAGCUUCUACGCCCUGACCUCCUUGGUCCAUGAGAGCGUGGCACUUGUGCCCCAGGGGAUCACGCUGGCCAGGAUCGAUGGCCCCACCACGGAUGAUGUGACAGUGAGAGAGUCCGGCGAGUGUGAGAUCACACCAAGCACAGAUGUCAAGUAUCCGCAGGGCAGCAUGAGCUCCCUUCACAACGAGUGGCUGCUCAUAGGGCACCACGAGCUGCCUCCUGUGGUCCAUACCACAAUGCUAAGAGCCUUUCCAGAAACCCUGAGGAAGACUACAGAAGCCAUCAUCCCGAAGACCUCCCCUCCCAAGACUCUGUUUGAUGACUUUCUGACCCCGAACGGCAUGGAGGAUCAGGCCAGCACGGGCAGCGAUGGGCGGUACCAUUGGGAUUCCACCCAGGCAGAGCAAAUGGAAAUCUACCCGGAAUCAGGCAGCUGGGACCUUGUGGUCAUUGCAGUGCUACUGGGCGGGGUCGUUCUGCUCCUGAGCUUCGGUCUCAGGAAACUGCUGGAGCAGCCACUGCAGCUCUUGCCGCAGCAGGGACCGCUUUCCUCAGGCCAGGUCUCUGGGGAGAGUCUUCUCCCAAGCUCUGAGGAAUCGCUGAGUGGGAGCCAGCGAACAUCUUCGCAGCUGUCACGGAGCUCAGGCCCAUCCUCCUCACAGAAGGUCCUGCCCAACGGAAUGGCCGACCAGGAUCUGGCUGCGUCUGGAGCUGCUGAAGAUGCAGAGCCUGAUGUGACUGUAGUUGGGAAGAUUUCCUUUAACCCCAAGGAUGUGCUGGGCCAUGGAGCCAGGGGAACCUUUGUAUUCAGGGGGCAGUUUGAUGGCCGGAAUGUGGCUGUUAAGCGCCUUCUGCCUGAGUGCUUUCACCUCAUCGACCGGGAGGUCCAGCUGCUUCGGGAGUCGGACGAGCACCCCAAUGUCGUGCGCUACUUCUGUACGGAGAAGGACAAGCAGUUCCAUUACAUUGCCAUUGAGCUCUGCUCUGCCACGCUGCAGGAGUAUGUGGAAAGCCCCAGCUUUGAUCGUCGGAACCUGGAUCCAGUGUCUCUGCUGUAUCAGACCACGUCAGGCCUGGCACACCUGCACUCCUUGAACAUAGUUCAUCGUGACCUGAAACCCUGCAACAUCCUCAUCUCUGUCCCAAACAGCCACGGGCAGAUCCGGGCUGUCAUCUCCGACUUCGGCCUGUGCAAGAAGCUGCAGGGGGGACGGCACAGCUUCAGCCUCCGCUCUGGAAUCCCAGGCACUGAGGGCUGGAUCGCACCGGAGGUGCUGCGAGAGAACCCACAGGAGAACCCCACGUGUGCGGUGGACAUCUUCUCAGCCGGCUGCGUGUUUUACUACGUGGUGUCAGGUGGGGAGCACCCCUUCGGGGACAGCUUACGGCGACAGGCUAAUAUAUUGUUGGGCACUUACCAGCUGGCAUGGCUGUUGGAAGACACUCAUGACAACGUUGUUGCAAGGGAACUGAUUUCAGUGAUGAUCAGCAACGAGCCCCAGGAGCGCCCAUCGGCCCCGCAGGUCCUCAUGCAUCCCUUCUUCUGGAGUCGGGAGAAGCAGCUGCAGUUCUUCCAGGACGUCAGCGACCGUAUUGAGAAGGAACCUGCCGAGGGACCCAUUCUUACUGCCUUGGAGUCCGGGGGGCGCUCGGUCGUGAAAUUGAAUUGGAGAGCUCACAUCUCUGUCCCACUGCAGACAGACUUGAGGAAGUUCCGAACAUACAAGGGCAGUUCAGUACGUGACCUUCUGCGGGCCAUGAGGAACAAGAAGCAUCACUACCACGAGCUGCCAACAGACGUCCAGGAGACACUUGGGGCUGUUCCUGAUGAGUUUGUUCAGUACUUUACUUCUCGCUUCCCCCAGUUGCUGCUUCACACACACAGAGCCAUGCAGAUCUGUGCCACAGAGAGGCUCUUCCACCCCUAUUAUCAUCAGCAGCCAGGAGACCUUGGAAAUGAGUGGAGAAGCCACACCUGGGAGAGAACUUAGAGUGAAGGCCUAUGCUGCUAAGGUUGCUCUCUGGUGAAUCCUGCUGGAACAGGGAUCCCAGCAGGAGGGACUCAGACAACAUGUGCCUCAAUUUUAUCUUUCUUUUAAUGCAGAGAUUUCUGCCGGAUUUUAUCCCGCCGACUAAGUUGCCAGGACCUAGCACAGCUUCACAACCCCGCCAGCCACCCUAAACUGGUUCUGGAGCUCCACCUCCCCUGGAGAGCAGCUGGAUGGCAUCUCCAGACGCUCCCUGGCACUAGCACUCUGGGGAUGUCACUGCCUACCUUUCCAGGGAGAGGCCUGUGGUGGGAACCCAAGGGAGUUUUCUCGGCAGUUCCUAGGUGGUUUGUCUCUCUGGGGCUACUCCUUCAAUCGCAUAGAAUCAUAGACUAUCAGGGUUGGAAGGGACCUCAGGAGGUAUCUAGUCCAACCCCCUGCUCAAAGCAGGACCAAUCCCCAGACAGAUUUUUUUACCCCAGUUUCCUAAAUGGCCCCCCUCAAGGAUUGAACUCUCAACCCUGGGUUUAGCAGGCCAAUGCUCAAACCACUGAGCUAUCCCUCCCCGCAACGCCUCGUGUGGGGAAACAGAGAGACUCUGGAGGUGGGGUGGAAGGGGAGUGAGCUCUCUCUCGGGAAUGUCUUUUAAACGAAAACGGCAUUGGCCAUGGUAUUUACAGGACGUUACUGAGCAAGUGCAGUCAGGGCAGAACCAGGACUUGUCAAUGGUUCUGUAGCCAGUCCGACAGGUCCUCUUGCUUCUGCUCUUCACACGUGGGCUGAUGGGGCAGGUGGGUCCCACGGUAGUUAGUUGAUCUCAAUGAGCUUGCAGUUCCACUGGCUCCUCUCCAGUCCCCUGAAUCCUCUGGGCUAGAACCCUUCCCCUUCGCAGGGCGCCUCUUAAACUGCCUCGAGUCUAAGCGGUGUCUUGGCUUGAAGAUCCCAACCCCAACACCUCCGUUUGUUGGCUCAGCCAGAGACUGGCCCGAAUGUCCUGUGUCCAUCCUGCUCAUUCUCUGCUGCUAUUGAUCCUGAAUCAUUUCAGAGAACGAAAACUCUCUCCCAGGGAGGUGACCCAUCCAGAGGAAUCUGAGCAGAUUGUAGAGCAUUGUGGGAAAUGGGUUUGUCAAGGGGGCCAGGGCCACCGAGGGCAGCAGCUAGGGACAUGUAUAGAACAGUUGCUUUCUGCUUCAUGGACCGUCACCUGUUUGACCCAGGCUGGAGUGUCCCAGCUAGAUAACAGCACGCAGUGUGGGCUUGAAGCAGACAGGGAAGCACACCCAGGGUGCCGCCAAUUCUCUCAACCAUGGCGUGUGCCUGGCCCUGACGGAGGCCCGGUCAUUAAGUCUAAAGCUGUCCAUCCAGACUGGGCUGGUGUGACUCCCGAGCAAAGCCAUCCCUGGAGAGGUAGGUAUGUGCAUGCGCACACACGCCUGUAGACACGGGCUCUCUUUUUUCUUGGGAAUCUGAAUGGAUUUUAGCCAAACGUAAAUGUUUGGUUUAAGCUCCAUCACGAGACAUUUCAGUUAAGAAGAUAAUUGGAGCGGGGGGGGGGGGAUUAGAAUGGAAGAGACUUCUCCUAUAGGGCUGGAGUGUGGCAAUCAUCACACAAUCAGCUGCAGCGAGAUGCUUUACCAUUUUUAAUUGAAAAUGUUUUAGCCUAUUUAUAUUUUGCUUCCAAGACACUGUCUUUCCCGCGCCAGCCCUUAAGCAUCAGAGUGGGAAACAGCAAGGUCCUCUGUUGCCUGUAUGCAUCUGCUAGGGUAGAGGCUGAUGCAACAAACUUCUCUCUCAUUGAUUCCUUUCUAUGCUGACCUAUUGGAAACUGGGGUCUGUCUGAUUGUCUAUUUAAAACUUCAAUGUGAAUGGCAGGACUGAUGUGGUCUUGACACUGGAUAUGGUCUUAUGCCCUAGCUGGACAACAUACCCUCCUGGCAUUUGGGCUGGGUUUUUUGUCCACGACCUACAGAAGAUGUAGGCCACCAGCAGUGCUGAAAUGAGAGGUUUCUCUCUCUCUCACUGGGGCCCUUCCCCACUGUUUUAUGGCCCAGUAGAAGUCACCGGGGCUGGAUCGAGUGGAUUUGUAGAAGCUCAGCUUACAGGAUGUAACCUCAGGGCCUGCGUGCAGGAGCACCUCCUGUUGCCUCUUUUCUGCCCCACCUGGCCCAUUAAAGGAGUGGGGUUGCCCAGCUCUGGAGGCAGGUAGGAGAGGAUCCCAACGGAAUCUCAAUGAUGAAGUCCCUGUGUCUCUGGCUGAGUCAAACGCUUUCUCCAUUCUCAGUCUGCAGCAGCCCAUGUUCAUCACAGCUCACAGGCUUGAAGGUCUCAGAUGGAUGCCUGAUGUCACGUCUCUGGAACCCCAAGUGAUUGUUUCCCGUUUGAUGGGGGAUGCUGUUGUUCAGGAGGAGCCCUUUGUAUAGAGGGGGCCUCCUUGUCCAUGCAGAGAGCCCGUCCCUUGGAGCGUAAGGUGUACCUGGCCUCCCCCACUCCCAGGGCCUCCAGGAUUCUGGAGAAAUGGCCACUGCUUCCACAUUCUUUUGUGGCUGCUCUGGCUCUAGCAUCUUGGCAGCGUCUGAGCUGGAAUCUCUUCACCACGGAGGCAGAAUCUGACCCGUGCCCAAGAGAACACGGAGGUGGAGGAAGCAUUUCCUGUUUUUCCUCCUCCUGAGACCCAGUCAGUGAGCAGGUCUGGCCUGCCUGGAGGCAGAAUUCUCUGCAGGCCUGGGGUCUCGAGUGAUGGAUUACAAACUAGAUGUUUCUAACUCCUUCUCAAGGGCCUGGGUCAAGAAAUGGGGGAGGAGAGAUUACUGGAGCCUUGCCACUAACAAGGCAUGUUCCAGUCCAGCAAGGACAGAAAAAUACCCCUUUGGCAGAGGUGGGACGUGGGCAUCCUCGAGGUCUGACCUUCUAUCCCCAGAGCCUGGGAGCAGGGUUUCACUCUGCUGGGACGCAGCCCUGGCCAGACUUCAACUCACAUACCGUUUCCACUGAUCCCAACUGGAGCCAGUGUGGGAGCCUAUAGAUAACUCAGGCCACGGUUGCUGCUGGGUCUGGGGGCUCCAUCCCUGAAUGUCUCCUGCUAGCUCUGCUCCCCUGGGCAGUGCUCUCCUCUCUAGGGGCGUGGGUUUUGUAUGUUUUGAUUUCGCUUUGUAUGUGGGUGUUGGGGGGCUGUUCCUUUGGUGACAAUCAGUUUGUACUUGUGUAUAUUCAGAACCUUUUAUAUGGCAGAGAAUAUUUUAUACAAAAUGUUGUAAAUAAAAAAUUGUUUUGAAA